GUGAAGAAGUUCUACGGUGAAAAGCUUGUCUUCUACAAGUUUAUCGUCAACACUCUUGUAACAUGGUUUGAGAUUAUGUGCCGUAUGUACAAGAAUUGCAAGCUGGUCCAUGGUGACCUGAGCGAGUUCAACUUGCUGCUGUCAGAAGGAAAGGUUGUGUACGUGAUCGAUGUUUCUCAAUCGAUGGACCUUUCACACCCGAGAAAUCUUCAUUAUUUGAUAAGGGAUAUCGAGAAUGUAUUAGCGUUCUUCAGACGUCUUGACAUACCAGAUUUGCCAACGCCUAUAACCCUCUUCAAUACAAUAACUGACUUGGCGAUGAGCGAGGAAAGUUCGCUAAUUGUGCAGGUUUGUCAGUAGCGAUACUCUGAAGACAAUAAGGCACAGCAACUUCAUAAAUUGAAAACAGCUGAUUUUGAAUGGUCUGCCUAUAAUGUUGAGAAGAAACAGGAGCGGGCCGAGUCACCAGCACAUGACUACAACUGA